AUGACUUAGAAUGAGAUAGCUGAUAUUAUUUAGAAGGAUAUUGGAAAUAGAGGUAUCAGAAAUAUUCUCCCAGAUGAUAACUAUUAAGAAUUCCAAUUAGCAGCUAAAAAAUUGGUAGAUUCCUCAAAAGUUGCUAUAUUAUCAGGGUUUGCUUGCAUCAUGGAUAGUGAACCACAUUAUGAGACUGACGGUAUUGCUGGAGCAUUUGCAAUAGCUAAAUGCUUGUUAAAUAUGAACAAAUAAGUUACCUUAUUAUUUGAUGCUCAUUCAGAACCAUAUAUGAAGGAAAUUAUAUAACUUUACCUCCAGGACAUGAACACAUCAUUGAAAGGAAACCUUGAUAGCAUGUUUCUAGAAUGUGGUCAUAAUAAUCUAUCUAGUGAUUCACUACAAAAGCUUUAAAUCAUUUCUGAAACCUUUGAUGCAAUAGUAAGUAUAGAGAGGCCUUCAAUUACUAUUAGUGAAAAGUAUCUUACAAUGAGUGCUUUUGAUAUAUCUCAUCUAAGUUCAGCUUUUGAUAAGCAUCUCUUUCCACUAGUUGGAGAGAAAAAGAAAAAUUCUAAUCAGCAUUUAAUAUCAAUCGGGGAUGGAGGUAAUGAAGUAGGAAUGGGAAAAGUUCAAAAACUUGUAAUUUAACACAUCAAUAAUGGAGAAAAAAUUGCAGCUAACACUUAUUGCGAUAAUUUGAUAGUCAGUGAUACUAGCAAUUUCGGUGGAUAUGCUCUAGUUUACUUUGUUAUUUUAGGACUAGUUAAAAUGAAGCUUGAUUCAUCAUAGCACAAAUAAUUGAUUAGUCUAUUUCCUUAAUUCAUGUAGCCAUUAGUUAAAGAUAUAGCUUUAGUAAAGGACUUCAAGGAUCUCAUGCUAACUUAGAUUGGAGUAAUGGUUUCAAAUGAAAAAGCUUGUGCAAGAUUGCUUGAGAAAUACGGAAUUAAAGAUGGAAUUACAAAAUAAGUUGGAACAACUGUAGAUGGCAUAAGUUUUGAUGAUUAAGCAGUAAUAAUAUUUGAGAUGCAAAAGGUACUUGACAAUUUAUUUGCUGAUUGA